UGUCAUUAUUUCUUGACGUUUGGUUCAGAACGCCGCAAAAAUAAAAACAAAUCGGUAUAACAACGUACACGAUCCGUUUUAUUUACUUUUGCUAAAAACUUAGUUAAACUUAUUAAAAUUCCAUAAGGAGAAAAUUUUUAAACAAUGAGCCUUCUAAUAAAAGCUGCAAAUAAUUUGAGGCAUCCCUUUGCACCCGGUGUGAAAUGCAUGUCAGUGACUUUCCAAGGAUUUCAUUUAAAACAUGCAGCUCAAAUUAACAGUUGUCAGCACCAACAAUAUAAACGACAAUUUUCGGGAAAAACUGCUAAACCGCCAAAAAGUAACACCACCAUGUAUACCUUAUUUACAGUAGGAUGUAUUACUAUGGGCUAUUUUGUGUUCGAUAAUAUGGAAAAACUCAAAAGGCAAGAAAAGUCCAUAAAAAACACUGAAGUAAUAAAAACUCCCAAGGUCGAAGAUAAGGUAACAUCGGGCGAUGAUUAUAAACAGUGGCAUUCAACUCAACGUCAGGACUUGCCAACAUUCAAAUUGGAUGAAAUACAAAAACACAAUAGCUUAGAGAAUGGUGUUUGGGUUACCUACGGCAUUGGAGUUUACGAUAUAACCGACUUUAUACCUAAACAUCCGGGCAGUGAUAAGAUCAUGUUGGGAGCUGGCAGUGCCAUAGAUCCCUUUUGGGCUAUUUAUCAACAGCACAAUACUCAGGAAAUUUUGACAAUGUUGGAAAAGUAUCGCAUUGGUAACAUUUCGCCAGAGGAUGAGGUUGCCACAGAUGACAUGGGUUCUCCCUGGGCUCAUGAACCAAAACGGCAUCCUUUAUUGAGGCCAACUUCCGAGAGACCAUUUAAUGCCGAACCACCCAUUACAAUAUUAGCCGACAAUUUCUAUACCCCCAAUGAAUUCUUCUAUGUGCGAAACCAUUUGCCGGUACCCGUAAUCGAUGAGAAAACAUACGAGUUGGAAGUGGAAAUUGAAACGAAAAAAGCCGCAGCAAAGAGUACUCAAAAGGUUUUAACUUUGGCAGAUAUUAAAGCAUUACCUAAACACACGGUCACAGCGGCGGUUAUGUGUGGUGGUAAUAGGCGUUCGGAGAUGACCAGCGUUAAAAGUGUAAAAGGACUUUCUUGGGGUGCUGGAGCUGUAGGCAAUGCCAAAUGGUCUGGAGCACGUUUACGGGAUGUCUUGUUGGCCAUGGGUAUACAAGCAAAUGAAGAUCUUCAUGUUAUUUUAGAAGGAGCCGAUUUGGAUCCAACUUCAAGCCCUUAUGGUGCUUCCAUACCCCUUUCUAAAGCUCUAGACGAGAGAGGAGAUGUCAUUCUGGCAUAUGAAAUGAACGAUAAACCUCUUAACCGUGAUCAUGGCUUUCCAAUACGAGUCGUUGUACCUGGUACGGUAGGGGCUCGGAAUGUUAAGUGGCUAACACGCAUUGCAGUGGCCGAACAUGAAUCAAACUCACAUUGGCAACAAAACGACUAUAAAGGCUUCAGUCCCAGUACCGAUUGGGACACUGUUGAUUUUACCAAAUCCCCAGCGAUACAAGCGAUGCCAGUAACUUCUGCUAUUUGUACACCAUCGGCUGGCGAUAAAGUUAAAGUUACCAAGGAUGGCUUUGUGGAAGUUCGAGGUUAUGCUUGGUCAGGUGGCGGUCGUCGCAUUGUGCGUGUAGAUAUAACAGCUGAUAAAGGCAAAAGCUGGCACGUAGCCACUUUAGAACAAGAAAAUGAACCAGAUGGUCGCCACUAUGGUUGGUCAUUAUGGACUGCACGCAUACCUGUUGAUGCUAAGCACAAAGGCGAAGAGGUUGAAAUCUGGUCAAAAGCUGUCGAUUCGGCUUACAACGUUCAACCAGAAUCAUUCGAAAACAUUUGGAAUUUACGUGGAGUACUUUCAAAUGCCUACCAUCGAGUUAAAAUACUAUUGAAUUAACGUUUUUUUUAACAUUUUUUGUAAUGCAAUCUAAGAACGAAACAAAGUUGUUCGCGAAAGCGAGAGGAACCAUGACAUAACAUGCAACUUUCAUGACAUAAAUAUAACAUAACUUCAAUGUUUGAA